AUGGCCAAUUCUAGGACUCUCUCGUCCAAUUUCUUAAUCCCACUAACCCUUCCCUAUUUUUUCUUCUCCCUAGUAAUUGCCAAUUACUACCACACAAUAUCUCCAAUGCACUUGGGUUUUCCUGAGGAGAAAGUCACCCAUUUUCACUUUUACUUCCAUGAAGUUGUUACGAACCCAAAACCCUCCCUCGUUAUAGCCACGGAGCCCCUUAAGGGUAAGUCCAACUGUCCCCUACCAUUUGGAUCCAUAAUGGUGAUCGAAGACCCGUUGACAAUUGGGCCCGAGCUUGACUCCAAACUCAUUGGAAAAGCCCAAGGAUUUUACAUAUCUGUAGCCCAAACCGAGGGGUUGGAGUUGGAGCUAGUAAUGGGGAUGACAUUGAGUUUCGUUGAGGGAGAGUACAAUGGCAGCACCCUGAGUGUGUUAGGGAGAAACACCAUCUUCUCUGAUGUCAGGGAGAUGCCGAUUAUUGGUGGAACAGGUGCUUUUCGCUUUGCACGUGGCUUUGUUCAAGCUAGGAGUGUUAAGGUCGAUUACGUCAAAGGAGAUGCAACUGUCGAAUACAACGUCUACGUCUUCCAUUAUUCAUCUCAUCACAAAUUUAACCAUGGGAUAUUUAACGAGGGAACCCAGUACAUGACCGACCCUUUAUUCAGCAAAAUAUAG